AUUAACAGUGCAUUAACAGUUAGCCGCAGCGAAUGUAUCUCGACUCAUUUCGCUUCAAAACCUCGUGCCGAGCGGUUGCCGCGAUUUUGCCGCGUCUCGUUUUCUUUCGGAUUUUGGAUUUUGGAUUUUGGAUUUCCUCAAGCCAGCCACACUCACUCUGCACAAUUUUUUUUUCGAAUUUCGAACAACAAUUAUAGCAAGUUGCAGUUAAAGCUUAAACAAUUCAAAAAUCGCGCCAAUCGAUUGCAAUUACCAAUUACCAAAACAAAAUCGUAAUAGUUCUGUGCCACACCGCAACAUAGCGCAUAAAGUGAGAGUUACAGUUUGUGUGUGUUUGAAGAAAAGAAAUUAUUUUGUGAAAAUAUUUACAAAUUGCUUCCAAUGGAAAUCAUGUGCCUAAAAAUGCAAAUUGCGCAAAGAAAAUCAACGUCUAUUUAAAAAGUCCAAAUAGUAGCAGCCAGCAGCAGCAGCACCACCAGUACGACAAAAAUAUAAUUCAAAUACAAAACGUGUUGAGAAAAAGUAAAAAAAAAAAAAAAAACAAACGAAAAAAAAAUAAUAAAUACAAAACAAACAAAAGAAGCAGUAGCAGUAGCAGCAACAGCAGCCGCAGCAGCAACACACAAAUAUUUUUAUACAUAUAUAUAUAAAAUUGCAUAAAAAUAUUUUUUACUCCGCCAAACACACCAAAAACCAAGAGACACACACACAACCGUACGCGAAUCGGAACGGAGCGAAGAUACAGAUACAUUCGCCGCAUUCACCGACAGGCGACGACGUGGCCCCCGCUUUAGCUGUGUGCGCCAGCAGCGUCUCUGCCAGCAGUGCUGCCCCCACGGACGGACAGAUCCGUUCAAUAUUAUUAUUUUUUUUGGCACGCCAACCUGAAAAUAAUAAUACGAGAGAUACAGCAACGGCAUCGCCAGUUGAGUAAAAAUAAUAACAAAAUCAAACAUAGUCGUCGAACCUCUGCAGCAGCAGCAAGAGCAGCAGUCGCAGUCGCAGUCGCAGUCGCUGUCGACGUCACUGCCGGCGGUCAACGCGUUUUUGUGUUAAUUAAAUUUACUUUUGUGAAUGAAAUGCGAAAAAAAGCAAAGCGAAAAAUCAUUUUUAAUAAAUGCUAAAUAAAUAUACACACACAAACGAGCAUAUAUGUAUAUAUACCUGAUAUAUAUAUGUCUGUAUAUGCCGUCGAGCCGCGAUCGCGAGUAAGAUAUUAAAAAAAAAAAGCAAGAAAAUCUUGAGACCAAAUCCGAACCAGACGAAGUGCCCCAAAAAAUAAAAUCAAUUUAAUAACAACAAAAAUUCGAGCUACCCUUUGGAUUAUACGAAAAAUAAAAAUAACAAAAUUUUAAGAAAUCUUUUGGAUACAAAGCAAAACGAGAAGGAUUAUACAACCGUAGAACACCGUAGCAUAUAUGGUGAAUAAUUACGGAAUUGUUUCACGGAUUGCUUUUGAAACUCAAUAAGGCAAUCGAGUAGAGUCUCUGAUCCUGCCGAGAGACUGCAAAAGGAUGAAGGCACAUCGAGCUGAAUCCGGGCGCAGUUAUUAUCAUAGAAGGCAUUGAGGAGCCGCCAGAGAAGAACGGAGAUCUCGAGGUGGAGGAGGAGGCAAGGAGCCAAGGAGGAGGAGGAGGAGGUGGAGGAGGAGGAGGAGAGCAGCGGAGUGAAGCAGGUGGGGGAGAAUUGGUUACAACACUACAUGGAUCGCAGAAAUGGCGGCGAUCCCUUGGCGCCACCCCGGCCCCCGAAAUUGUUACCCCGUGUGCAUCGACCAAGGGCGCCGGAGCCGACGUUGAGCGGUGCCGAUUUAGUAGCAGCAACAACAACAUCUGCAACAACACCUGCAACAUUAGCAACAUUAACUGCAACAUCAACACACAACAAUAAUUCACAGCAGCAACUUAGUAUUAACCCGAUCAGCAACAACAACAUUAAUAAUAAUAAUAUCAACAACAAUAAUAAUAAUAAUAAUAAUAAUAAUACUAUAUCAAUAAUACCCGCAUCGGCAACGGACUUCGACGACUAUCAGAUCCAUCAUUUGACCUUCCUGCCCCAAAGGCCGAGCAGCUUGAGCCGGAACAGUAGUACCGCUUCCGCCUCAACGACGGCAACAAAUUCCGGAUCGGGUUCUGGUUCAGUGACGGGAUCGUCAUCCAGUUUCACGAGACGAAGACCACCGGCACCGGUGCCAGUUGCCACUGUACCAGUGCCAUUAAGUGGCACGAUCCAUAAUAAUAAUAACAACAACAACACCAUCAACUUCCUUAGUCAUUUCCAAAGCGCUGAUCCAGCAGCGGUGAACAGUAGCAGUAGCAGUAAUAGUAACAGUAGCAACAGCAACACCACUACCGCUGUCCAGGGCCACCAGCCCCCCGCCUCCCCCGUCACGCUGGCGCAACCGCGACCCGAAUCCGAAAGGCUAACCAACGAGUAUGUGGACACGCCGCUGCAACAUGCGACGCGCUCCCAACACCCGGCUGGCCAACAGGAUAAUGGCCAGACAACGACCCACCAUCUAUUGCUGUUGCCGCAACGCCAGCAACAUCAUCAUCACCUGCAUCCACACCACCACCAGCAUCAGCACCAGCAUCAGCAUCAACACCAUCAUCCCCGAUUGGCGGCGACGCAAAUGCAGGGGAUGCCACAUAACAUCCCAAUACCCAUACCAGGAGCUGGCAGCGAUCACACCGAUGGCUUACUACAUUCGCACCUGCAACAGCAGCAGCAGCAGCAGCAGCAACUGCAUGCAACCAGCAAGUUACCAACAACAGCAGCAUCAGCACUACCCGCCUCGAAGCAACUGCAACAGCAGCAACCUGCGAUCAUUACCAAACAGCCAGGACCAGCCAGCAAGGAGCAUAUGCACGCUCUGGAGGAGCUGCUCCAGCAACAGCCCGGCGGAGUGGCCGGCAAUGCGAUUGUAAUGGGCGGCGAUCCAACGCUCCUCAAUCCGAUCGUCUGCCCGCGAUGCGGCAGGUGUCGGUGCGAACAGUGCCAGAGCCCCAGGCCCCUGCCACAGACGUGGGUGUGCAACAAGACCUGCCUGUGCAGUGCCGAAUCCGUAAUCGAUUACGCCUCCUGUCUGUGCUGUGCCAAGGCCCUGUUCUAUCACUGUGCCCGGGACAACGAUCUGGACUGCGAUGACGGCAAUGGCACACCCUGCGUGGACAAUCCCUGCUCCUGCGGCCCCUACAAACGUACCCAGAGAUGGGGCUGGCUGGGGGCACUGUCCAUCUUCCUGCCCUGCCUGUGGUUCUACUGGCCCAUGAGGGGUUGCAUGAAGCUGUGCGAGAAGUGCUACGGCCGGUUCGCCGGACGUGGUUGCCGCUGCCAGGGUGUGGCGGGCAUCGGAUCCACCAGCAGCAUGCUCCCAAUCGUGCCACUCGGCGUGAAUGGUUCGGGAAAUGGCGGUGUCAUGCCACCGGGAGCUGGCAAUCCCGGGGCAGGACUAGCGGCACUCAGCCAGGCCAAUGGCAAGGCCAUCGACCAUGGCUGCAGUGCGGCCAGUCGCAUCCUGCGGAAAGGAGACCUCACGCCGGAGAAGCGACUCCUGGACUCCAGUCCCGACUACUAAGGACCCAUUUUGUGGGCGGUUUUUCCGUGUGGAAAAAUCAGAACCACAUGUGGGUGGAUGGCUGGGUUGGGGGGGUCUAUGGAGGAGAUGAAACAUACCCAUAUAUAUUGUAUACACAUGAAGAAAAAAUAUUUAAUAUAUGAUUUAAAAAAGGAGGAUAUAUAAAAGAUGGAAAAAAAAGAGGAAAGAAAAAUUAAAUAACCAAAGACUGCAAACAGAUAAUUAUUAAUUAUUAGAAAUGUUAUUUAAAAAAUAAUUUUUGCUUAAUUAAAACGAGAGAGAGAGAGAGGGAAUGAAAUUAAAAGAGAGAGAUAGAGUGGGGCAAAAGAAAGAAAGUGGAAAAGAGAAAACGAUACGAGCGAUUAGGAAUUAUUUUUCGAACGAUUAUUUUAUUUGUAUUAUUUAAUUUCUUCGGCGAAAUUCAUAUUGUUUUUUUUUUAUUUCAGUUCAACGUUCAAUUUCUAAGUCAAAUUAUACUUUAAAAAAUUAAUAAUUAAAACCAAUAAUUCCAGCAAUUUUUCCACAUAAAUUAAAUACAAGCCGCUAGCUGAAAGUUGUAAAGUAAACAUCUAAACUUUGUUUUUCUUUUUAUAAACUAUGAUUUAUUUACAAAAACAUACUAUAAAAAACUGAAACAAUUUGAGGCACGAGUAACAAAACACCAGAUAAUAUAUAUAAUAACCUAUAUACACACAUGAGAAAACUUUUAGACAAAUAUUCAGAGGCAUUAAAAAUUAGUCAAAUAUUAUAAUUGUAUAUGGUAUACCAAGUCCAGUCCAUUUUUGAUGUUGUAGUGAAAGGAAAAAUAUUGUAGAACUUUACGAAUUUAAAUCUUAAACGAAAUGAAAAAAAAUAAAAUAAAAAUUAAUGUAAUGUCCAUGUGUGUGUGUUAGCGACAAAAAAAAAAAGCAAACUUUUCGAUCAAUUUAGUGGAAAACCUAAUAGACCAGUCUAAAUGUGCUUAGAUAUCGACAAAAAGUCAGUUAGUUUACUUUACCAACUACGAGCCGAAAUAACAAAACAAAAAAAACUACAAAGAAGAUCCUGGGAAGGGAAUUAAAUAUGGGAUAAUGGAAUCAGUUUCUUAUGAGGGUAUUUUAAUGGGUGAUGUCCCGUGAGAUUGAGCAAGAUUGUAUAUAUAAUGGAUGAUUUUUUUUAAGCCGAGAGUGCGAGAUACAAAAUGCAAGCAAAUUCCAAAAAAUAAUAGCGAAAAUAACAAAAGAAGCAUAAGCAAAUCUUAAAUGUAAAAUCCAAGUCUAAAUGCAGCAAGAACUACAAACAACAGCAUUGUUUUGUAUAGAAAAUAUCCAUAUGAAAUAUGACACAGAAAACACACAAAAAACUAUAAAAAAACAGUGGCAAAUUAGCAACUUAAAACAAAUUUAUACAAAUACAAAAAAAAACACUAAAAAAAGAAAGCGAAUUAAAUUAAAGAUUAAUCUUAAAAGUCUAAAAACACAUUACUAUAUACAUAUGUAAUCUGUAUAUGUACUAUAUAUAUAAUAUAUAUAUAUGCCUAGAUAUACAAAACACCAGAAAACUAUGCUUAAAACUCCUAACUAUUGAAUAAUAAACACACAAAAAAAAAACGCAACAAAAAACGAAAAAAGAAAAACCCCAAAAAACAAACUAAACUAUGGAAGAACUCCUUAAAAGUUAGCAAUUAAACACAAAAACAAAAAAAAUCAUAUUGAAGAGAAGAAAAUUACUGCAAAAAAAAAAAAUAGAUAUGGAAAGAUGUAAACCCAUAACGGUAAAGAUAAUGCUAAAUAUACGCAAUUAAUAUUUAAGGCACACUCUAUACAUACAAAAGAAAAGAAAAAGAAAAAGCUAUGCAUAAUGAAUAUUUAUUUUAUUUGUACAUUUCUUUAUAAUAAUAAAAAAAAAUAAACUGAGUAGAGGAGUAGGUGGAGCCGAGGAAGUAGGUGGGUGGUGGCGAGGAGUGGCUCGAUCCCUCUUGCCGCCACGUGCGAACCAGGAGAACUUUAUGUAAUGUUUUUAGAAUGUAUGUUCCGUUAAAAACUACAAAAUAAAAAAAAUCAUAUAAUACUAAAAAAAAAUAUA